AGAAAUGUUGCAGAAUCCAGGAGACUGAAGAGACCAAUGGGAAACAGGAGGACUUUAUUACGUUUUAGGCCAAAUGAAGAUCUGGCAGGAAGAAGUGCAGCUGCGGAGGCCCUUGUUGCUGAGCCAGGGAACGUGGACACUUGCCCAUACUAAGAGAGUAGAGGGCUGCAAGGAAGUUACACUGGCAUAUCUAGCUGUUUCUCCUGGUUUUUGAGAUUUUCGACACAGAAAUCUCAACAUGGCACCUUAUCAUAUUCGCAAGUAUCAGGAGAGUGACCGAAAACCUGUCCUGGACUUGUUCUCCAAUGGCUUGUUGGAGCAUAUCCCUAUCACCUUCUACAAAAUGCUGAUUUUGCCCCAAACCCUUCUGUUCAUACUCGGGGUGCUCUUCUCCAUACUCCUGGUCUCUGGUUCCUGGUUCCUGGUCAUUGUAUCCAGCUUCAUUCUGCUUGCUUUCCUGUGGCUCCUUGCCAGAUAUACUUGGAAGAACCGUGUGGACCUAAGUCUGCGCACAGACAUGGCUGACAUCACCAAAUCCUACCUGAGAGCAUGCGGCUCCUGCUUCUGGGUGGCCGAGUCUGGGGGGCAGGUGGUGGGCAUUGUGUGUGCUCUGCCAGAGGAGAAUCCUGCACUGGAGAAGAAGCAGUUGCGACUGCGCCAUCUCUCUGUGGCUAUGGAGCAUCGAGGAGAGGGAAUAGGGAAAGCCCUGGUCAGGACUGUCCUCCAGUUUGCCCGGGAGCAGGGCUGCAGUGAAGUCGUCCUCACUUCCAGUGUGCUGCAGUAUGCUGCCCUGGGCCUCUACCAGGGCAUGGGCUUCCAGAAGACAAGACAUUCCUUCUAUAGCUGGCUUUCGAGGCUAAGGGGUACACCUUUAUUUCAUUUCACAUACUGCUUUCCUUCUGCUCAGGAGGGGGCCCUGUGACCUCUUGCCUUGUGUAUCAUUCAGUAUCUGAUCAACUCUGCUGUAGCAAAAAGCAAACCCUGAUAUCUCAUCAGUAAUAUAAAACAAUAAAAGCACAUUGCCUCUGCACAUCUCAGUCUAAUGUUUUUGAUAGUAGGAUGUGUGUGUGGAGGCUCUGCUCCAUUCUACCUUUCUAAAGUGACUAUUUCACGUAUCUAUCACCAUGGUACUAUUAUAUUAAAAAAA